AUGGCAUCAUCAGCUGCCGCCUCGACCGCACCACCGGCCCUUUCAUUACCCCCCUCACAAUUCGCCCGACUGCAACCUCACGCCUACCUCCUCGCUCACCUCUCACCCCCCGCAUCGAGCCAGCAACCUUCAAUCCGAGCCAAUGGCCGCGCCCCUUCUCAGUUCCGUGUCACUUCUGCGAAUACAGGCUCUCUGACCCACACGAAUGGUAGCACCGUGGUGAGGCUCGGCGAUACCACGGCCGUCUGCGGCAUCAAGGCGGAAAUCCUGCACACAGAGGACAUAGCCUCAUGGAGCGUGUCACACUCAUCCUCCUCAUCUACGCCAAACAAGCGACGGAAGUUGACGAAUCCGACAGGGAAACCGGGCGAGGACCGACAGGAUGGUUCGGAUCAAGUCGAGGACGAUGAUUCUUAUAUCGAAGACUUCAGCUUGCUCGUGCCGAAUCUCUCACUGAGCACCGGAUGCGCUCCGGGCUUCAUCCCCGGUGCACCACCUUCCGCACUCGCGCAGUCUCUUUCAAACCAAAUCCUCUCAUUACUGCAUAGUAGCCGUCUAGUCCGCUCCGAGGACCUGCAAAUAUGGUAUCAGCGACCGAAUUUAGGGCCGGAAGAGCUGGAGCGUCAUAACGAAGAUGAACAAAUGGAUUUGGACGUUGAACAAAAUGGAUCGGGUAACGUUGGUGAGACCCGUGAAAUCAAGGCAUUCUGGGUUCUCUACAUAGAUAUCAUGAUUAUCUCCCUGGCCGGAAACCCAUUCGACGCGGCCUGGACAGCUGUUUUGGCCGCACUCCGGGAUACGAAGCUCCCCCGUGCAUGGUGGGAUGCUGAUAACGAGACAGUCAUCUGCUCCGAUCUGGUCUCAGAAGCUCGCAGACUAUCCUUGCGCGGGCUCCCUGUGGCUAGUUCCUUCGGUGUCUUUGAGGCCGAUGCAGCAUCUGGGUGGAGGGCGGUUAUUGUUCCCGACGCCGAGGAAGAGAGAAAGAUUGCCGAGGGUGAUAGAAAAGGUAUCCAGCGGAGAUGGGUCCUUGCUGACCCUGAUGGCUACGAAGAAGGGCUGGCCCAAGAACGAGUGUGUCUCGUUGUUGACAAGGAUCAAAGGCAGAACGGCAGGGUCGUAAUUGUCAAAAUGGAAAAGAAUGGCGGAUUUGCAGUGGAUAAGAAAGAACUGAAGGAAUUGGUCGCAGUAUCUGCUCAGAGAUGGGAAGAAAUCAACAAGAUUCUGAGCCAGUGUUGA